UGCAUUACAUUAGGAUAUUUUUAAUUUUUUCCAAUCAAUGUAGUCAACACAUGUCUGCAAAAGUUAUCAUUUUAAAUUUCACACCGGCACUGGCACAGAAGCUUCUGUCCAACUUGCCUAGUGUAUCAUGGCGUCGCAGAUGGCGGUAAAUUCGGGAGCCAGUCUGUGGGGGCCGCUGAAGGAGUUAUGGGAGACGGUGGAUGGGGCAGUGUUGAGAAGACAGCCAGAGAGUGUCCACCUUCUUGACCUACAGCUGAAGAAACAUAAGCCUCACUUUCUGUCACUCUUCAAGAAUCCGCCAAAGAGUGCAGAGCAGAGAGAGAAAGUGCGUAAAGCCAGCACAGAAGGCAUUGCCAUCCAAGGGCAGCAGGGGUCACGACUCCUUCCUGAGCAGCUUCUUACUGAGGCAUUCAUCCUCAGUGAUUUGUUUGAUAUUGGAGAGUUGUCAGCUUUGGAGCUUCUGUUGGCAGGUGAACACCAACAGCCCCAUUUUCCAGGACUGACACGAGGGCUUGUAGCUGUACUGCUUUACUGGGAUGGAAAGCUUUGUGUAGCCAACUCUCUGCGCACACUAAUCCAGUCACGCCACGGCAAGACCUUUACUCUUGAUCUAAGUGGAGAACUGGUGGCUUUGACAACACGUUUUACAGAUGAACUGAUGAGCCAGGGUCUGACUAAACAUAUCCUGACCUUGGUCUCAGAGAUCAGUGUAACACGUGAAUUUGAACGGCUGCAGAAGGAGCGCGGCCUGGGCAAUGAAAAGCACAGGAAGGAGGUGUCCGACCUCAUCAAAGAAUGCCGACAAGCACUGGCAGACAGCCUUUUUUCAUGGGCUUGUCAAUCACCUUUGUCCAAAGAUGACACUCUGGCUCUCAUUAGUCACCUGGAGACAGUGACGGCGCAAGCUGAUGGCUCAUUGGAUAGUGUCAACCUGGCACUGGUCAUGGCACUGCUCUACUGCUUGGAUGUCAGCUUUGUAGAGCAGGGAACUGAAGACAGAGAAGAUCUUCUCCAGGCUCUGCCAUUGCUCACAGAGAGGCAGUAUGUAUCUGCAGUGCAUAAUCGUCUGAUGGAUGGACAGCUGUGGAAACUUCCAGGCCUGCAGGCUGUGUGUCGGCUGGCCUGGGCUAUGUCUCUCAGGGUGCUUUCCCAGCUACCACAGGGAGCUGCAUUGGUUGAGUUCACCGAGGCAGAUGAGGCUCUGGCUGACCAGGCUAUUCUGGGAGAUGUCUUCCUGUUUAUGAAGGAGGGCAUACUUGGAUGCGAGAGCUUUGCCCAAGAAGAGUUUUACAUCCGACGACUCCAUUCACUUAUUACAGAUUUCCUGGCACUCAUGCCAAUGAAGGUGAAGCAGCUGCGUAACCGUGCUGAUGAGGAUGCCCGGCUGGUGCACAUGUCCCUACAGAUGGACAGUGAACUUCCAUCAUCAUUGCGCAAGGAUUUAGACCACCUCAUGAUUCUUAUAGGAGAGUUUUACAAUAAAGACACAUUUGGGCUGGAACUGGGGCUGGAGUUCUGGUGUCCUACAGAGUCUCUCCAGCACACUUCUCUGCAGGGGUCUUAUCUAGGAAUGGCACUGCAAAGACCUCCACAUAAACAGGUGGUUCUGUCCAAGUUUGUGCGUCAGAUGGGGGACCUUCUGCCUUCCACUCUUUAUAUCUCAUACCUCCGUAUGCUAAAAGGUCUUGCCAAUGGUCCACAGUGUGCCCACUACUGCUUCAGUCUACUUAAAACCAACGGAGCCACACAUAGUGACAACAUUCAGGGAGUUUCAGGCAGCCCUGUGUCCUGGGAACAUUUCUUUCAUUCACUCAUGCUUUAUCAUGAGAAUCUUCGAAGAGACCUUCCAAAUCCAGAUGCUGCACACUACCGCCACCCGCCACUAAGGGGCAUCACCCUGAGAGAGCUGGAAGGACUAACCUCAUUUUUGCAGUUACUCACCACCAUCAUUACAUGGAGUGAAAAUGCUCGGCUAGCAUUAUGUGAGCAUCCUCAGUGGACCCCAGUUGUGGUGAUGCUGGGGUUGCUCCAGUGCAGCGUUCCUCCUGUCCUAAAAGCUGAAAUCCUCCAUUGCCUAGCCGGCUUUGGAAAGUCACCAGAGAUCGCUGCUUCGCUCUGGCAGUCUCUGGAGUACACGCAGAUACUUCAGACUGUUCGAGCUCCUGGACAGAGGCAGGCAGCUGGAAUUGAGGUGGAGCUCAAUGAGAUUGAGUCGAGCUGCGAGGAGUAUCCACUGACACGAAGCUUCUGUCAUCUGAUCAGCACGCUGGUUGAGAGCAGCCUGCCUGUUAAUCUGGGUGCAGGUCUCCGUGUACCAGGCUUCCAGCCCUACUUGAACUUCCUGCGUGAAUCUGUGUUUCUCCCCUUCCCCACCAGAGCAUAUCGCCGUCCUGCUGAGAAGUGGGAAGUUGCUGACUCUGUACUGGAGGUGUUCCACAAACUGCUGCGGGACUACGAGCCGCAGCCUUCAGACUUUGUCCAGGAGCUGGUGGAGUUGCAGGGUGAGCAAGUCCCAGCCUACAAGCCUCCUGGCCACAGCAUCAUGUUUCACCUGCUCAAUGACUCGCCCAUGCUGGGGCUCUGUCUCAGUCUGUUGGAAGAGGGUGUACGCCAGUUGGAUACUUAUGCACCUUUACCUGGUAAGGUUCACCUGGAAUCAGCAGUGCUACACUGCCUUCGCUUGUUGGACCUGACUCUACAGAAGGAGGUAGUUUUCAUGGAUCUCCUCAGGGAGAGCCAGGCAUCCCUGCUGGUUUCUCCCUUGGAGCAGCUCCUCCAGGGGGUUAGCUCUCAAACACGAAGGGCUGAUCACAUUGUCAACAUCGCCAGGUAUCUGUACCACAGUAGCUCCAACCCAGAGGCUGCUUUCCAAAGUGCCAAGAUCCUGCGUCGAAUUUCCAACUACCCCAACAUUCAGAUCAGGCUGGUGGGAGAUUUCACACAUGACCAGGCUGUGAGUAACAAACUGAUGGCUGGUUUUGUGGAGUGUCUGGACAAUGAAGAGGCAGAGGAAGGAACAGAGAAAGGAGAUGACUCAGACUCACGGAAAAAGGUGGCAAGAAUUCGACAUGAAACCCAGAUCCAUAUUCUGAAUCUACUCAUCACCUCUUUGGAGCUAAAGACGCCCAAUCUGGCCCUUUAUUUCUUGGGAUAUGAGGUCAAGAAGGCCGUGUCUUCCACAAACCUCCAGGACCCAGGUGUGUUGGGAUGCCCACGGAGCUGCCUCCAUGCCAUUUUGAGUCUGCUGCAAAGAGGCACAGAGAAAAGAUCUGGACCGGUCCUCACACAGCAGGCCCCACACCUAGCCGAGCUCUGUUACCAGGUGAUUUACCAACUAUGUGCCUGUCCAGACACAUCUGGGCCCACCAUGCGUUAUUUAAGGACCAGCCAAGACUUCUUGUUCUCUCACCUGCGGCACCUACCAUUCAUCCUGCUGAGUAACCAGAUCGCUGCUCUGUCCCAGAUGUCUUGGCUCAUGAAAACCGCUGCAAUCGAGUUGAGAGUGACUUCACUGAACCGCCAGCGCUCGCAUACACAGCGCCUUGUCAGCCUUCUGCUGGAUGACCAACCACACACGCAGCACACAGUUGAUGGGGAAUCUGGCAUGGAGGAAGAGACUAGAUCAGUGAGCGGCUUCCUGCAUUUUGACACAGCUUCUAAAGUACGCAGGAAGCUGCUGAGUGUGCUGGAUGCCAUCGAGUUCAGUCAGGACAUCCCUGAGCUGCUGCAGCUGGACUUCUUUGAGCGCACUCAGAUAGAGCAGGUGAUCUCCAACUGCGAACAUGUGAACGAGCAGGGCCACACCGUGUGCAACGUGAAGUUGCUUCACAGAGUGCUUGUUGCUGAGGUCAAUGCCCUGCAAGGAAUGGCAGCCAUUGGGCAGAGACCUCUGUUGAUGGAGGAGGUGAAUUCCAUCCUGCAGCAGGUGGUGGAACGCAACCGUGUCCGUCGCAGUCUGAGUGCCAAGCGACAUGCUCUGCAGUCCUGGAGAAGCCUUGUGGAGACGCUUCUCACAGCCUGCCCUGCUGAUCUUAUACCUGCCGAUGAAAGACAGCUGAUCAUCAGAGACCUGCUCCUAGACCUGCAUGAUAAGGUGUUGUCAGAGGAUGCUGCAGGAGAAUUAAUGCCCAUUGUUGCUGGGGCCGUCUUCACUCUGACAGCCCAACUGAGCCAAUCGGUGCUCUCUGAGCAGCAGCAGGGGGUGGGGCUAGAAACCUCUUCUGGUUUUGCCUCCAUUGCUAACUCUGCCCUGCACCUGAUCCUGCGGAAGUUGUUGGAUUUUAUCCUUUCUACUGGUGGUGGAUAUCAGCGUCUGCGCGCUCACCUGUAUGGUUCUCUGCUGUACUACCUUCAAAUAGCCCAGAAACCUGAGGAACCAGACACCCUGCAGACUGCAGGGAAAGCAAUGUGGGAGCGUCUCACUGCCCCUGAAGAUGACUUCUCCAAAUUACAGAGAGAGAACCUUGCUAUAAUUGAGAGCUAUGGAAACGCACUCAUGGAGGUUGUUUGUAGAGAUGCCUGCGACGGUCAUGAAAUCAGCAGGAUGUUGGCCUUAGCAGUGCUGGAUCGCAUCCUGUCUAUAGACCGUCAGAAUCAGUGGCUUGUUUACGUCUGCAACAGUGGCUAUUUACGGUCAGUGGUGGAAAGCCUGAGACAGGAUGACGUCGCCCUGCAGAGCCUGCUCACACCGCAGCCACCCCUCCUCAAACCACUUUACAUCUAUGAGAGUAAAAUGGCUUUGCUGACUCGUGUGGCAAAGACAAGCCAGGGUGCUGCAGAGCUGCUGCGCUGUGGGCUAGUGGCACAGCUGAUGGAGUGUCAGGUGUUUGACAUGGUUCCGGACAGCGAUGCACAUAGUAUGAUGAGGGACCCAUCAGGCUUCAUCCCCAGCCCACUGGAUCGGUACAGGCAGAUACUUUUACCAACCCUGAAGCUCUUUCAGGUGAUCCUGACUUCAACUGCCAUGAAUCACCAGCAGGGGGCAGCACAGGUACUCCAGUGGUUAAUCGUCCAUGCCGACACCAUUGAGUCCCUGUUGCGCUGUCAGGAGCUCAGUAUGGGGGCUUUGCAGGAGUUGUCUCUGCUGACAGGCAUCAUUAGUAAAACAGCUCCACCAGGUGCACUUGAGUUGAGUGGGGAGGUCAAUAGCGCUGCCCUUAUGGAGUUCCAGGGUCACAUCAACAGAUUCCAGCGUCUGUGUCUGUCGCUACUUAGCCGUCUGGCUGGGAGUGAGAGGGAGAGGCUGCUAAAGCAGGCUGAGAUCACCACUCCUGGAGAGUCAGCAGAGCGACGAGAGGAGAUGGCAGUGGCCAUGCAGCAGGUUUGUGCUAACAUCAUGGAGUACUGCCAAACACUGCUGCUGCAGAGCUCAGCACAGGCCCAGUUCAGCAUCUGCCUCUUCAGCCCGUCAGGCAGUGAGCCAGCUGGCAGGGACGGAGGAAGAACAGAUCUCUCAUCCACUCUGCCGUUGAUGGCUUACUCCCGGGCCCCCAGCCUGGGUCUGGUCCUGUUUUUGCUAAAGACCAGCACUGCAGACUUCUUCCGGUUCCACCAGAGUCACAGACAGAGCCUGGGAAAGCUACAGAACUUGGAUCAGCUGCCUCCUGAGGAGCUCAAGGAGUUGUGCCAAGGCCUGGUGUCAGGCCCAGUAGGAGUGGAGAAAAUCUCGUCAAUUCAGAGGAACUUGCUGGCCAAGAGACGACUCGUCCAGCUCAUCAACAACCGAGCCAAACUUCUGGCCCUGUGCUCCUAUGUUAUUGAGACCUGUUUGUUUGUGCUGUGGCGCCACCUGGAGUACUACUUGUUGCAUUGUACCCCAACCAAUCCUAAGAACCCCCUGUUGGCUGGAGCUAGUUUAUACAAAUCACGCCUUAUGGACGACUCAUUCGGGGCGAUGCAGACCAGUGGAGCUCAUGGACUGGGUCUGUCCAGGGUCAGCCAGCAGGACCUAGACCUUUUGAAGAGCGACAUGGCCGCAGGUUUUGGGGAGGCUCUGCAGAGGAAACUGCUGGAGGUGGAGGGCUUGUACAGCCAGGUCCGCUCCAGAUACACCUUCAUCCAGGCUCUGGUUCGCAGGAUCCGAGGCCUGCUCCAACCGCACAAAAGCUGAGGCUGUCGCACUCGAGCACAAAGACUGACCAAGGCGCAAAUUCUCAGUUUCUUACUGAAUUGAAACCUCUACCCAGCGAUAAAAUGGGCCACUUCAGAAACUUCCCAUCUAGCUCUGUACCAUUACCCCUCCUUCCUGGCCUACUGCAUCUUGGAUGUGAAUGCCCCUUCAAACGCGGUGCAUUCCGUGUGACUUGUCCUAUUAUGUUUGACUAACACUGUGCAAGAAACGUCAUCCCCAAGAGGUGAGGAAAUGUAUCUUGCUAAACACACUUCUAAAAUUUUUACUUAAGAAUUUAUUAGUCUGUUUUUUUUUUGUUUUUGUGAAAAUAAACAUUUUCUAAAUCA